GUUCGUUACGCCAUUCUUGCAUGCUCUACUCCUAAACCACUCCUUAAAUAGCGUAAAGCGAAUGAUCAUUAUACAAUGGUGCAGAAAACUGUCUUGAAGGUCAAUAUUGCAUGCCUGAAAUGCAAGAAGAAUCUUCUCAAAGCAGUAACAUCGCUGCAAGGAGUUGACAAAGUUGAAGUGGAUGAAGCCAAGGGAACUUUGACAGUAACUGGAGAUGCAGACCCAUAUGAAAUUAUAGUACGUACAAGGAAAACAGGCAAAUUUGCUGAAGUGGUGAGUAUUGGUGCUCCUCCAAAGCCUGGGGACGGGCAGAACGAUCAAAAGAAGAAGGCGCAAGUUCUGAUACCCUAUAUCCCCCAGAAUUCAUGUUUUGUGUGUGAGCGAGUGCCUGUCGUCCAUGUGGGUUGCCGGGACGAGCCCUAUCCGCCAUGCUGUAUUUUGUGAUAUUUAUUUACUACAUCAUCUUGUCUUU